CCAGUGCGGUCGGUGAUCGGUGUUUCUUUCCCAUCUGUUCGUCUUUUUUGUUCUUCCGCCUUUCGUCGUUAAGUGUAACCGAAGGACCGUGUAUUCUUUACGUAUCCCACAACGUGUAGCAUAACACCUAGUACCUUGAGUGCUAUGCUCCACUAGCUCCGUGGAAAUCAAGGGAUCAAGCUCACAGUUCCUACGUCAAUUGACCAACAAGCAAUGUCUGGCCUAAGUACACGCCCAGUUAGGCCGUAGGCCCACCGCAAGUGUCUUAAUGUCGCAAAUAAUGCUUUGCUCCCUGGCGGGGGACUCGAACGUCAACGUCAGUGAUACCAACAACAACCGCAACAAUGCCACCGAGGAAGACGAUAUAUUCCCCAUACCCACUAUAUACCGUUGUCGAGCCCCCAUCGCCAGUCUGGACUGUAUGGAGGAGUUCCAAAGCACGAAUGAACAGCUGUGCAUGCAACUGCAACAACCGUGCUCCAAGGAACAGCUGUUGCUACAGAACAUCAACACGCCGUCCGUAACACGACAGUCGUCCACGGUGACACCGGGCCUGCGCUACCGCAACAUCGGCAAGAGCGGGCUGCGCGUCUCCAACGUAGGCCUAGGGACUUGGGUGACAUUUGGCAACAACGUCAGUGAAGAGCAAGCCGAGGCGGUGGUGCAAGCGGCGUACGAGAGCGGCAUCAACGUCUUCGACCUCUCGGAAGCUCACUGCGGCAUCCGAGCGGAACUGGAGUUGGGACACAUCCUGCAGAAGAAGGGCUGGAAACGCAGCUCUUAUAUUGUUACAACUAAGAUCUAUUGGAAUUCUAAAUCUGAAGAAAGGGGGUUGUCGAGAAAGCAUAUCAUCGAGUCAGUGCGAGCGUCACUUGCUAGACUCCAACUCAGCUAUAUUGACGUCGUAAUUGUUCACAGGGCAGACCCAAUGUGUCCAACAGAAGAGGUGGUGAGAGCCAUGCACCACGUGAUUGGUCAAGGCUGGGUGAUGUACUGGGGAACGGCCAAGUGGACGCCGGUGGAAGUGAUGGAAGCCUACACCAACUGUCGUCAGUUCAACUGCAUCACUCCGAUUAUCGAGCAGACGGAGUACCAUAUGUUCUGUAGGGAGAAGACGGAACUGUACAUGCCCGAGUUGUACAACAAGAUCGGAGUGGGUCUCAUGGCGUGGUCACCACUAGCCAUGGGUUUGGUCUCCGGUAAAAUUGACGACGGUGGUUUACCGGUUCUUUCAAGAUCGUCGAUGAAGGUAAAGAACAAGUACUCUUCAUUCUCUCACAGUUGGACUGAAGAUGAAACUCAGUCGACUAAAGAGGAGCGGAUGCAGCCCGAGGACAACAGACGACAGCAGGAGAAGCUGCGUGAGGUCGCGCAGGUCGCUGAACGACUCGGGUGUUCUGUUAUCCAGCUCAGUAUCGCCUGGUGCCUCAAGAACGAUAGUGUUCAGUGCCUAUUGCUGGGUGCUACCAGCGUAGAACAGCUCUACCAGGCUAUUCACAGCUUACAGAUGGUGCCGAAGCUGAACACAAACACCAUGAACGAGCUGGAGCGUAUCCUAGACAACAAGCCAUCUCGUCCACCGAUGGUGUCGACUCUGGCGCUUAGAUGACAAACAAUGUGCCCGCCGGGCGGAUCUCUGGCGGGCGACUCCUCUCCCAAGGAAGAGGACCUUCACGAGGAGUCUAAGGAACAGAAGCUUCCGUUCUGCAGCAUCCAGUGACAGUAUGAACAGUUGGACCACGUGUAGUCUGCUGAUACGUCAUAGUCUCUCACGCUGUCCACGUCGUUCUUUAGUGGACACCUCAGGACCUUCUGAAAACAGGUUUCUGAGCUCUUCUACGUUUUCAACGGCUCCCAUUUUCCCACCGCAGGAGUUGAGCAAGCUUUACUUAUAUGAGUGCGGUUGGCGUAGCUAGCUUCGUCACAGCCUAACUCUUUCUCUGGUGUACGCUGCACAGUGACAAACGGAAACAGGAGAUGGCAAGAGAAAAACAUAAACUUCUGCGUAAUAUGUAUUGCUGUGUGUCUGUAGACCAGUAAGGUUUAAUGACUUUAAAAAUGGUGUUAUUAGUCAACAAUUUGAAAAAUUCUAUGACGUCUAAGUUUGUAAAACUGAAAUAGGAGACGGCUGGGGGAAAAACAUAACUCUUUGUCUACUUAAAUUUAUUUAUUACUGUAAUCUGUGCAUAGAGAUCAACUAGGUUGAAUGACUUUGAAACUGACUUAUGAGUAAAACAAUCGAGAAUAUAUUAAACCUUUACCCACACCAUCACAUUGUUGACAUAAACAGCUGUAGUUAUUUAACAUCAGCUGUUUUGACUGCUCAUGUGGUCUGUAGCUCAAGGAAUGUUCUGGAAUUUAUUUAUAAUUGUUGAAUUCAUUAUAAUUACCAUUAGAUUGAGACAGGGACACAAUACUAUUUACCUUUUCUACUUGAAAAAAGUGAAGGAAGAAUGUAGAAUGAAGUUAGAUGCCUCUAUGGUUUUGUUACUGACUAAAUAUCAGCUGUUUCUUUCAUUAGGAGCAUUAUCCAAACAACAGCUGAAUACAGUUUCUAACCUCAAAAAGCUACUGAAUUUUCUCAGGAUUGAAACGGUCAACCUACUAAUUACUGGGCAAGCACUGUAUUCAGUCAGCAUUCACAUGUGACAGUAAUGUCCUUUAUGUGAUAAGGUUAGCUUUAUCACAUUUUGAACUUUUUGAAUUAAAAAUAGCUGUUUGUUCUCUGGGGAAAAAUUUUCUGUAUGUUGGAACCAAAAGAAAUGUGAUAUGUUAACUCAUUUGGGCUGUCAAUUCGUACCUUUGAUGCCUUGCGCUGUCGGAGCACUACUCGUUGAGAGUAUGUACACUAUUACCGGGGCAUUAGAAUACAACGAUAAACGUAUUCUUUCAAUGUUAAAAGAUCACUGCCAUUUUUUUAAAGUCCUUCUCAAAAACACUUACCGGCCACCAACACCAACACAUUUCUGAUCUAUUAGUAUUUAUUUAAUAACAAUAGCGCAGGUAUUAUCGUAAUUUAGUUUAAAAAAUGAUUAUAAAGACUUUUAUGGUGUAGUAAAAUAUGUCUGUUGAAAAAUAUUACCAUUACUUGUUCAUAACCAGUUUCAAAGUCAAUGAGCCUGUUAUGAGACGUUAAGCAUGAUUUCUUGGUGAUUAUAAAUAAGUGAACAAAUUUUGGAAAAAUCAAUAUUUCCUGUAUUUAUUUAAUUUGAUAUGUGUAAGGUUUUAGCAAUGAAUGAUUUAUAAGUGAAUUCAUUAAUGCAUUACCGAAGGGAUAUUUGUUCUAAAUUGUUGUAGCAUCUAUCAAUACUACUAAAUAUUGAAACGCUAUAUCAAGCUGUUUACCUUUAAAAUAUAGAUGUACAAGUAUCGACGUAAAAUGUGUUUGACCAUGUUAUGCGUAAAAAAUCUAUAAUCUCUUUGUGUUUAAACUUACACAUACAGAAGACCUUCUCUUAACAGACCCACGAUCAACUAACGCCCCGAGGGUAAUAGACGCCCGGGGUGAGAUUUAAAUGCUCACCCCCUCCCCAAAAAAUGUAUUUGGGGGGGGGGGGUUGCAACCCUAGAAUUUGAAAAUGGUUGGUUUACCGAUCUUACCUUUAGGAAUCUUGAGCCUUCUACUGCCAUACUUAAAAAGUGUUUACUUGAGACCCCAGCAGAGCAAGCAGGUUACAUGCCUCGAGUGUAUUUUAAGUUACCUGAGGUAGGUAACCUGCCCGCCAACUGGCUCCAAGUAACCGUGGCUUUAUUGCAUCAAAUUAAAUCAUGUAGGUACCCAAAAAAAUAGUAUUUUUUUACCACACAAGGCAAAAUGAAAAUCAGAAAACUGACUUAAGUAAAUGUUUGAGUGUGGUCGUACAUUUUGCGUAAAUCUUACAUUCCUGUGUGUUUGUAUUAAAUUUAGUACCUUUUAAAAAUUUGCUUCGCUGAAAUUCAAUUUUUAUGAGUUUUUGAACACAUUAUAUAUUCUUAUUUUCAAAAGUAAUAUGCAGAAAUGUAGAAGGGUUGUUUUUCUAUGGCACUGAUAAUUUAUAUUGGUUUCUAAAUAGUACGUCACUUUCAUGGUGUGUUUAGUUCUGGGUUUUUAUCUACAUUAGUUCGAUGAUUCGAUGAUUCGAUGAUUGCCUGGAUGAGAGAAGGUGUUCUGUAGAGAUUUGAUUCAAUAUUUGAUCAAUGGUAGAACAAACCAAAGUAGAGGUUAAACGGAAAUCUUAAUCACAAUUGCCUAUUUACCAACCUGACAACAAUAAAACGUCAACGCCUACACCAGGGGACGCUCAUUGCACUAAGUAGUGCCAACCGCGCAACAUCCGCUCACAUCCGAGGUUGUUAUAAGGUAGUAUAGUUUUAAGAAUGUGACAAUAUACCACAUGUAUAUCUUUUCACGAAAGCUGUAUGUCACGUACGUUAUACAUGAAUAUAUCUUUUAAAUCUUCUUACUAUAUAAUUGUAAAUAUACGCUAAUAGUUAGGUACAAAUUAACAAAUUCAUAAGGCUUUUUAUAUCGACGAACCUCUUUUUACCUAGAUUGAAUAAUUUUUGCACUGCCUAGACUUUUAUGUUGGUGUUUCAGUGUGUAUAUAAUCGAGAAGUUUUCGCUAACUUUGUUAUCGUGUUAAGUGUUUCUUCAGGAUUUCAAACUGUGGGAUUAAAAUCUUAAAAUAUUGUAAAUUUAACCUUUCUUUGUUUGUGAAACAAAAUAAAUUAAAACCAUGAUAAAUUCCACGUUGCAAUUAAUCUGUAUUCAGUAAAAGUGAAUCAGAUUUCAUUUUCCUAUUUUGUUUUACUUUGCCAAUUUAAAAUACUAGUACUUGUCAAGUCCAAAAGAAAAAGAUUCUAAACUAUCGCAGGCUUUCUGUCUCGAUUUUAUAUCAUUAACUUGUUGACUUGAUCUAAUUUUCUGUUGGAUCUUUGAAUACAUCUUUGGAUCAUGUGUUUGAAUUUGAAACUAAAAUUUGAGUACUAUUAUAUCUACUAUAUCAAAUUUCAACUCAACUAAUUGUUCAUCGUACCUCAUUAACAUAUCACUGGCCAGUUUUCUCAAAUUAUUAACCUGUUAAAUUUUAACCCGAAGUUAUUGCUUGUUCAGUUACUUAUGGGAAGAUAUUUUAUCAAUAGUUUAUUAUUCGUAUAGUUUAUAAGUAAGUUAUAUCUAAAAAAGUGCUUGAAAACUAAUAGUGAUAAAAGUAGUGUGCAUAGGAGCGAUAAUUUAAUACAUUUAAGUAUACAUAAGACCAUUUCAUAGAUAGGCCUAUGCUAUACACGGUUUGAAAAUAUUGUAAAUACGACUUUGUUUUACCUUGUUUCCGUUAAGAUGUUUUCAUUACCGUAAUUUAUUUUUGAAUUUGUGUGUGGAUAUAAUUGUUAACGAUUUACCAUAUCUUAGUGUGUAACUUUAAUUAUUUUAUUCUAGCGUUUUGAUGUUUCGAAUCGGAAGAGGCGCUGUUAAGCUGUUUGGAAUGUAAUGAAUAUUUUCUUGACUUAUAUUUUUAACUAUAUCAAGUUAACCUGUAGAAUUUAUAGUCUUUCACUGAUUCGUAAUUCAACUAGAAAUGUGGCUCUGUGGAGUUAUUAAUGGUUAAAAACAUUAAAUACUUAAAAGUCUAAUUUAAAACUGUUUAAAAAUUAUUAUGAGUUUAUAGAAUAAUGGAGGAUAGGUUUAUAUCUACA